AUGUUAACAAAAGUUGUGCCAGUUUUACGUGCAACCUCUCUCAUGCAGCCCAUAAGCCGUAGUGGUCAUGGAGUUCCACAUCAUUGGAAAUCAAUGCGAGAAAUCUGUCUAGAGAAUAAAAGCCACAUGGAUUGCCUGCCGGUCCCUGAAGGCUGUUGGCAGGAGGCAUACAACAAGCAGAACGCCAAGCGAAAUAUGACACUUGGUGCCAGCAUUCUGUCUUUCAUUGUCACCUGGGGAGCAGUUUGGAAGGCUGAUGUUAUUUACUUAAAUAGAGCACCUCCAAUGUACAACUGCAAGAAGCCUAAAAGCUAA